CCAACUAAUACAGCAAACACCUGAGAUAUAUUUUUAAUCUGAAUUUAGUAUGGGUGAAGUAAAGCUGUUGGGAUCAUGGGGGAGCCCCUUCAGUCGAAGGGUGGAGAUGGCUCUCAAACUUAAAGGCGUAGAGUACGAAUACAUAGAAGAGGAUUUGGCUAACAAGAGCCCUUUGCUUCUCCACUACAAUCCUGUCCACAAGAAGGUCCCUGUGCUGCUCCACAACGGCAAACCAAUUGCUGAAUCCGUUGUUAUUCUUGAAUACAUCGAUGAAACUUGGAAAACCAAUCCCAUCUUCCCUAAAAAUCCCUAUGAAAAAGCCAUGGCACGAUUCUGGGCUAAGUUCAUAGACGAAAAGUGCAAUCCUGCGGUGUGGCAGAUCAUAUGGAGCAGAGACAAUGAACGAGAGAAGGCCAUAGAAGAAGCGAUAUUACAACUGAAAACACUUGAAGGUGAGCUGAAAGAUAAGAAGUUCUUCGGUGGAGAGACAAUUGGCGUAGUAGAUAUUGUUGCAAAUUUAAUAGGAUUCUGGCUUGGAGCGAUAGAGGAAGCUGCAGGAUUUGAAUUGGUGACGAGAGAGAGAUUCCCUAUUCUGAGCAACUGGAUUGAUGAGUACCUUAGCUGCAGCGUUAUCAAAGAAAAUCUUCCUCCCAGAGAAAAGCUGUUAGAGGCCUUCAGGUCCCGCUUUACCGCACCAGCUUGGAAGUAUUAGCUGCUUAUAUUUCUGUUUUAAUGUGGUUUCAGUUUACUGAUAAUUAAGAGGUUUGGUUUAUGAAAUAAAGUUAUAUAUGUAGCACAGAAAAAAAAAAACAGUGGGUGUAUAAACUGAUCAGGAGGAGUGAAUUUUCUUUCGAGAGUUAA